GAUAAUAUAGGCUGCGUGAAGACAACAUGUUCAACAUGUCUUGUUGAUUUGGUCUUAUUUUGGCUUGUUCAGUUUUGUUUUAGUGUUUUACUCUGUCAGUUUAUCAAGUUAAUCUUCAUUCAUUAUGAGUAAAAGAAGGAAUUGGGAUGAUGAUCCGGAGAGACCUAGGAAAAGAUAUAGAAAUGAACGUCCUACUGAGGAAGAGGACAUUGAAGACAAUUUGGAACACUUAAUUGUUAAGCUUGGUGACAGGAGUACAUCAGCUUUGGAGAAAAAUUUAGAGGAGUUGGUGGAAAUUCUUGACCAUGAUGUCUCCAAGUCAGCUAAGAGCAAUAUUAUCAAAAUUAUAUGUGAUUGUGUUGCUAAUUUACCGGAGAAAACAUCAAUCUAUGCCACUUUGGUUGGACUUCUGAAUAAUAAAAACUACCAUGUUGGUGGUGAUAUCAUCGAAAUGCUAGUGAAAUGUUUCAAGGAUUGUACAAAAGCAUGUGAAUGGGAUAAGAGUUUAUCAUAUGUCCGAUUUUUUGGUGACCUUGUCAACUGCCAUGUGAUCUCUCAUGGAUCUUUGAUGAAUCUUUUUGAAACUCUGGUUGAUGUUACUAUGGAGGAUAAUAUUCCUCAGGUUCGCUCAGAUUUCUUCGUUUAUGCAGUUUUAUCAGCCUUACCCUGGGUUGGCUAUGAACUUUGUGAUAAAAAAGAACAAGAUUUAGAACAAUUACUAAACACUAUUGACAAUUAUAUGACUAAAAGAUCCAAGGUUCACCACACAGCCUUGCGAGUUUGGUACUCCGAUACACCACAUCCACAAGAAGAGUAUCUUGACUGCCUUUGGUCUCAAAUAACUAAGUUGCGAAGUGAUAAAUGGGAAGAAAAUCAUAUUUAUAGACCGUAUAUCAAUUUUAGCAAGGCUUUGUGUGAAGCACUCCAACAUAAUCUACCUGCAAUCACAAUACCACCUCAUGAUGCUUCUUAUACCUAUCCAUAUCCCAAAGUUGUGUUCCGACUCUUUGACUAUACUGACUGUCCUGAUGGUCCAAUUCUGCCUGGUGCUCAUUCGAUUGAUCGUUAUUUGAUUGAGCAAAAUAUACGCUGGAUUUUAUCUACUCAUCACCGAGAUCUUAAAACUUGCUCAUUUUCCUUGAUUGGAUUACAAGGAGGUCACAAAUUUCCAUUGGAAUACGUUCUUGUAGAAACUAUUUUAGCUGAAAUUUUCGCAUUGCCUACUUCCAAGUACUUAGAAAUAUUCUAUGGAUCAUUGCUUCUUAAACUCUGUAAGAUGCAACCCGGAUCUCUACCUCAAGUUCUUGCCCAAGCAGUAGAAAUGAUAUUUGAUCGCUUAGACACUAUGAACGUAGCCUGUGUAGAUCGGUUUGCAUCAUGGUUUGCUUAUCAUCUGAGUAAUUUCCAAUAUGCUUGGAAUUGGGAUGAUUGGUCAGCCUGCUUAACAUUAGAUCCUCUUCAUCCUAAACCAAAGUUUGUCCGAGAGUGCUUACUGCGAUGUAUGAGACUUUCAUAUCACCAAAGAAUAGCCGAAAUAGUUCCUGAUGGAUUCAAAAUUCUUUUACCUGAUCUCCCUGAACCGAUGAAUAAAUAUGCUGUUACAGACGAGUCAAUUAAAAUACCUGGAAGCGGUUUAUCAAAUCAACUUAAUGAGCUAAUAAAGAACAAAACUCCUAUAGAAGAAAUAAUGAAAACCUUGGAUGAUUUAGACAAUAGUACUAACGCUGGUGAUGCUGAAUUCACUCCACAUUCCUUAAAAAUUGAUGUUUUCUUAACGGUUUUACUGAAUGCAGCAUCUAAAUCAUUCUCUCAUCUAUUCUCUGCGCUUCUCAAGUAUAAUCAAAUACUGCUGUCCUUAAAUAAUUCCGAGGAUGCUCAACGAUGUAUUCUUAACGCGAUUUAUGAGGUUUGGAGACGACAUCCACAACUUCUCGUGGUACUUACUGACAAAUUAUUAAAAGCUGGUAUUGUUGAUUUCCCUGCUGUAGCCAAUUGGAUUUUUUCAAAAGAAUUAGCCAAUGAUUUCACUAGGUCUUAUAUUUGGGAGAUUUUGCAUUCCACGAUCCGUCGUCACAUCAAACAAGUGGAAAACUUGCAAAAAAAAUUGCAGGAGUUGAAAGAAGCAAAAGAAAAAUCUGAAAAGGCUCAGAGUACUGACAAGGAUGAAAAAGAUAUCAAAGAGGAAAAAGAGGUCGAGCCAUCUAAUGAAGAGGCUAUAGAGAGCUUGGAGGAAAAAGUCGAAACUGCUCUUUCUGAUCAGAAAAAUUUAUUCUUGAUCGUAUUUCAACAUUUUAUUAUGAUUCUGUCCGAGCAUAUUCAAACAUGUGAAGCAAAGGGAAGAAGCUUCAAAAAUCAUUGGUUCCGUUGGUGUAUUGGACGACUUCAACAAGUAUUUGAGCAUCAUCAACAUGUUUUCAAAUAUAAUUCUGUUCUUGAAUCUCUCCUCUUCACGAACGAUAUCGAUGCGCACAUCCUAAUAAUAUUCAGACAAUUUUGCUCCUUGCAAGCUUAACAUUCUUUGACAUGAAUGCUUCAAGGAAAUUACAAACGAAACCAAUUGAAAAAUUAACUUUAAUUGACAUGAAGACUGGUCGCUAUCCAACUCAUCAAUUAUCCGACACAUUUCAUAUUUAAUUUUACGUACAUCUUAAUUUGGUAAUAUUGUCCCAACUUAUAAAUAAUUCUGAUUUCUGUAAACAAUUCAUUUUGAAAUUAAAUUUCAUGUUUUGGAUUAAA